CAGUACCUGCUGGAGCCCCUCCACCCCACGGUGCACACGCAGCGGGGCGCCACGGCCACCCUGCCCUGCGUCCUGCGUGCCCUGCCCCGCAACUACCGGGUGAAGUGGAGCAAGGUGGAGCCGGCCAACUACCAGGAGAGCAUCAUCAUCAUCACCAACGGGCUGUACCACAAGAACUACGGGCCGCUGAGCCCGCGGGGGUGCCUGCGGCACAGCCACCGCUACGACGCCUCGCUCACCAUCACUGACGUGACUCUGGAGGACGAGGGGCGCUACCGCUGCCAGCUCGUCAACGGGCUGGAGGACGAGAGUGUCUCAAGUGUCUCACUCACGCUGCACCUCGAAGGCAUCGUCUUCCCCUACCAGCCCAGCAACGGGCGCUACAAAUUCAACUACCACGAAGCCAAGCAAGCCUGUGAGCAGCAAGACUCCCGCCUCGCCACCUACCAGCAGCUCUACAAAGCCUGGACGGAGGGUCUGGACUGGUGUAACGCCGGCUGGAUCCUCGACGGUACCGUCCACUACCCCAUCAUCAACUCACGGGAGCCAUGUGGUGGCCGUCUCCUCCUGCCAGGUGUCCGGACCUACGGGGCCAGGGACAAGCAGAAGGAUCGAUUUGAUGCUUUCUGCUUCACCUCUGCUCUUCAAGGCCAGGUCUACUUCAUCCGGGGCCACCUAAACUUCAAGGAGGCUGGGCAAGCGUGCCGGAACCACGGGGCUGCCAUCGCCAAAGUAGGGCAGCUCUACUCCGCCUGGAAGUUUUCCCAGCUGGAUCGCUGUGAUGGGGGGUGGCUGGCAGACGGCAGCGUGCGGUACCCCAUCACCACCCCCCGUGAGCGCUGCGGGGGGUUGCCAAACCCCGGUGUCCGUAGCUUCGGCUUUCCCAGCAAGGAGCUGCGGGCCUAUGGCACCUACUGCUUCGCAGGAAA